AUGUUCAAGCUCGCCAGUUCCGUUGUGCUUGUAUACAUCCUCAGUAGUGUCAUUGCUGCCCCUGCGCCUGACACUCCACUGCCGUUCAUCCCAGGGGGACCGAUAAUUCCCGCGACUUCGACCCUUCUCUACAACCCUGGAGGACCGAUCAGCACGACGUCGCCGCCCUCCAGGCGUGUGCCGACCACUACUAUCAUUUGCCCGACGUGA